UUCCCCUUUCCUUUUUCGUGAAGCGGUUUCGGAAAAUGGUAGUUGUGUAGGCUGAAUUCAAUGCAGUGGUUGUGAAUUGUUUUUAUUUGUUUGCCGACUAGCGGUGUUUAAAAAUUCGCGAACUUUAGAUCAAUUUAUCUUCAUUUUACCAUCCCCGCAUAUAUAUUACAUCCAAGAUGAGUGACGAAAGUCAUCCGAAGACGUUGUAUGUCGGUAAUUUAGACCAAUCUGUGUCGGACGAAUUGCUUUGUACAUUAUUUUCCCAGAUAGGCCCCGUGAAAGGAUGCAAAGUCAUUAGAGAACCAGGUAAUGAUCCGUAUGCCUUUCUAGAAUUUACAACACAUCAAGGGGCUGCAACUGCCCUCAGUGCAAUGAAUAAACGUGUAUUCCUUGACAAAGAAAUGAAGGUUAACUGGGCCACUUCCCCUGGUAAUCAGCCUAAGCAAGACACAAGCAACCACUAUCACAUUUUUGUUGGUGAUCUAAGUCCUGAAAUUGAAACACAGACCCUCAAAGAUGCUUUUGCACCAUUUGGAGAGAUUUCCAAUUGUAGAAUUGUUCGUGAUCCUCAAACCCUGAAAUCGAAAGGUUAUGCGUUUGUUUCAUACGUCAAGAAGGCUGAAGCGGAGAAUGCAAUAGCAGCAAUGAAUGGACAGUGGCUGGGCACCAGAAGUAUUAGAACUAACUGGUCGACAAGGAAACCUCCUCCUCCACGUAAUGAAAGGUCCAGGUCCACUAAUAACACUAAAGCCCCCACCUAUGAAGAAGUCUAUAACCAGUCUAGCCCAACAAAUUGUACUGUAUAUUGUGGAGGAUUUACGAAUGGACUAUCUGACGAACUAAUUCAAAAAGUUUUUUCUCCUUAUGGUACUAUCGUCGACAUUCGUGCUUUCAAAGAUAAAGGUUACGCUUUUAUCAAGUUCUCAACGAAGGAUUCAGCCACGAGAGCUAUUGAAGCAGUACACAACACAGAGAUCAACGGGCAAGUGGUAAAGUGUUUCUGGGGUAAAGAGUCCAACGACCCAACCACCAACAAUACAAACAACACUCCUUCAACAACACCACAACCGCCAGGAUCUGGAGCCAAUGCAACGCAGUACCCAUACAAUCUCUACACUCAGCAAAUGGGCUAUUGGUAUCCGCAAGGUUAUGCUGCUGGCAUGCAAGGUCAGUAUUUCCAAGGAAUGCAGUCAGGUCUAGCCUACGGACAAUUCGGCUAUCCUCAGAGUUACGCUAGGAUGACACUACCCGGAUGGCAAGGAUUACCGUCCCAGACCCCAGGUGCUGGUCCCCAAAUGGCCGUCGCGGCACAAGGUGCUGCCAUGCAACAACCCGGAGCCAUGAUGUACACGAUGCCGCAGUUCCAAACACAGUGAGUUAAUGGUUUAGUGCUUUAAUUUGUGUGAUAUUGGCAGACUUUUUUGUUGGAUUUUUUUUUUGUAAAGCGAAGGGAUUUUAAAUUGAACGUCUGCGUUCCUGUAAAUACUCAAUGCCAAUGUGGUUGAACCUUGAACUUUAUGACUAAGCUGUAACGUUCAUCCUGUGUAAAAUAUUAUGAUUUAAAAUCGCUCUUUGAAUUCAAAGUGUUUUUGCUCUUCUUCUAAGCCCCAUUAAUAUCCGUAACUUCUUACGUUCUCUGAAGACCUGACAAUAGUCUCGAUGUGCUUUAAGAAGAUUUCUGAAAUGACCAUAGUGCUGCCAAACAAGUGCUAAAAAAGCAAAGAUGUAACCUUUUUACUUUGAAAUUUUGCAAGUCACGGUAUAGCUUUUUUGUUUGGAAGUAAAAUUCCUUUGCACUGAAAAGUUAACGAUUUUGUUUCGUCACUUCACUUACUUAGGUUUUGCAGUAAGCUUUUAAUGAAAUUAGGUCCCUGUCAAUGAGCUCCUCAUCGAAAAUUGUACAGAGAAAGAUACUAUAACAUGGCCUCCCUUCCUCCUUUUCUUUCCAAUUUCUAUUUGUUAGGUACAUCUUUGCCCCGUAAGCCGAAUGAUCAAUAUUGAGUCUGGUCAGUGUGAUUCUCUCGCCAAUCCCAUCUUUUUCAAAGUUCAAAUGAAAAUGGUCUUUCGUGUUGUUCAAGAUGUACUUGCCUGCUUAUCUACAAACCAACACUGAAAAAGAAGAAAUGUUCCAAUUGGACUCAAUCUUUCUUGCACCAUUUUCAUCUUAGUUAUUCAGACAGUUUUUCAAUGAUGCGAACAUUCCUAUCGAAAUGCAUUGAUGCAGCAUUCUGCUGUCUUAAUUUUCUUUUUGUUUACCGUAUUUUGUAACUUGUCUCGUUGACCCAGUUUGAUCCAUGGACCCACUUUAAGUAAAAACAUUUUUAAUAAAAAAAACACUGAAUCAGCUAAGAUUAAUGAAACCAUAACUCAACGUAAAGGAUAAUCUUAUGUGGUGUUUUCAUGAAAUUUAUCCAAGUACUUAAAUAUCUAACCACAGAUUCCAAUCAGAACUUGAUAGCAAAUAAGUAACUCCUGCUCUGUAUUUUGCAUGUUGGUAUUUUUUGUAUUUUUUCUUCUUCUUCAAGUACUGUUUAGUCAUUAAAUUCAACACAAUUCAAUCGAUUGAAUGCGGUUUUAAAAUCCUAAUCUGGUUCAGUGGAAUUUUCUCCAAUAGUACUUAGGUAUGAAACUUGUCGACAAUCUUGCCUCAGCUCUGUUAAAGCCAUCAAGCUUUAUUGUGCAUUUUUAAGUGAAGAAUCCUAGAUUGCCAGUUUCUUUAAAAAAUAGUGACUAUUCCCUGUGCUUUGCUGUACAGUUUGAAAAUUAUCGAGUAAACUGGCAAACUAAGGAACUGUAUUUGUAUUAAAAUAUCCAAGUAUAAAUUUCAUUUAUUGAUAAGAAUAUUCUAUAUUCACCUUGCCGGAUUGAGAUGAUUGUAGUUUUUCACACCAACAGAAAGCAGCGUUAAACAAGCUUUUCUUUUUUGGUUCUUUUGUAAUUAACAUAUUAAAUUCAGAAGGAGUCCAAAUAAGCUAAGUUACUUCCUCUUCGAACCUUGUUUUCUUCACAAAAUAUGCCCCGAAACUUACUCGUAUGUAAGAAGCCAUGAAAGGCUUGAAUUGCAGCGCAAAGAGAGAGAAGCAGGCAUUAGAAGUGGGGGGAAAAGAAUGGACAAAUAUCACAUCAGAAAAUGGCACCACCUAACAGAAAUUAAUUUGCAAACCAAUGAGUCACUUGAUGAUUAAUGCAUUCAGCUUGAUACGACAUUUGUCCGUUCUUUUCCUUCCCCAGCUCUAGCUACUUUUCGAGGAUGGACUCGCGUGAAUUUCGCAGCGGUGCAGUGCAGAGAACAAGUUAGAAAAUGAAGAGAACAAUGGUGAAGCAUGUCUUGUUUGCGUAUAGUUCAUCAGCUCAUGAGCUGUUAGAAUUAAAACUACUGUCCAUACGACAAAUUCAAAUGUUUUUGUUCAUUUUGCUAAAAUGAUCUGCCUUUGGUACAGUUGAAUUAAAAUAUUUAUGACGCCGUGAUUGAUUGCUUUAAAUCAAAGUUAAAAUUUGAGAACUUAAGGAGCCCGCAUGUGACAUCCCAAAAUUAUUUCCACAAGGUUUGGGAACCACCCUUGGGCAUGUAUUCUUCAGUUCAAAAACUUUCGGAAGGGUUCCAGUAGGUAAAUAAACUUUUUAAUGCUGCUUCACUGCUAGCCGCUCAAACGUAGCAUCCUCAGUCUUACUUGGACGUAUUUCUGCCAAACGGAACUAUGUGCAGUAUGACGCGAGCCCUGUUAUUCGUAUAUUCUUAUGGAUCUUGGGGCUCAUGGCUUAAUGCACAUAGUUCCAUUUGACAGAAAUACGUUCACUUGUUAGGAUUUACCUAUUUCGAUAUUCGUUAAGAAAAGCCCGUCAAGACAAAAUUUAUUUACUCCCAAAAUAUUUUGUUUUUCACUCAGGUUUCAUCUGUCAUUUUCGUCUUUUCUUAAAGUUCUGUCAGGUAACUCUAUUCUUCAGAUUAAGAUUUAGGAUUUAGUAUUACUUACUUCCUCAGCUCUCUUAAAUAUAGAAGCAAUGCUCAAUGUCGAAAACGUUAUGCCAAAAUUUGGUAGCACCGUGUAGACUCUGAUUGGUUCGCUCGUUUCGUUCUGUUUGAAUGGUGGGAAAGAAGGUCUCUCUUUUUUUAAAUUUUUCCUUGGUUUGUAAUCAAACUUUUUGGGUAGACCCUGCAUCUCACUAACAAUAUUCUGCGGCUGUCCUGACAUUACAAUGUAGGUUGUAUUCUCAAUCGCUCCUUUGGUUUUAGGGCGUCCUUAACCAACGCAAUUAUCACAAGCUCUAAAGUUUGAGAAACAACUAUGAAUACAGCCCUAAAUCUUAUUUAAGUCAGGGAGAAACAAAAAGUAAUUUUUCCCUUGAAAAUUAAUGCAAACAGAAUGAAUACAAAAGUAAUCAAGAAGGUGUAUAAAUAUUCAAUCAUUGUUUUUUUGGUUUUUUUUUUUCUGGGGAAUAAAAUUAGCUCACUAGAUAUGUCCCCUCCAAAUUUUUUAUUUAGUUCAUAGUUCAAAACUUGAUCAUGCCUGGUAAUUAUGUUGGUUUUGUUGGCUCUAUGCAACAUUUUAUCUUCUAAGAAAUGUAUCCCACUAAGCUGCCUUUAUGAUCCUUUGAAUGACUAGCCUCAUGCAAUCUUUUACUAACUCGGCCACAAAAAUCUUCCAUUUGUCAUGGUAAUACUUUUUUUUUUAUUUUAUUAAAUUAAAUACACUUUGAUGUUGUCAGUUUAUUCCAAAGAAAUAGCAAAAAUUUAGCGCAGGGUCAAGCAACGCUUCCCUCAGUUAAUGCCGAGUUUUUUCUUCAAUAUUUGUAUGUCAGAAUUAUAUUUUCGUAAAAAUAUUAGCAUUUCCUCAAAAUCGUAAAACUAGUCUCCCCCUCCCCCCACCCGUCAUCCCCUCUCUGAGCCGAAGGUUGUGUGCUGCUGCCUUUCGUAAAUGUGUUGAAAUAUACAAUGGUUCAUUUAAAACUGUAGAUUUAUUUCCAUUCAUGGGUAAUCAUUUUCAUUUCUGUUCAUUAUACCCUGAAAUGAAGAAGGUAAACUUUAUGACUAUAUAUAGGUACAUGAAACCACGUACCAGGGGCCAAUAAUCGAACAGGAAAGCUGAAUUAAGAAAAGAAGCUCAUUUUUAAAUUUUAUGUUCUCCGUACCUACUUAAUCACUUACCUCUCAAAAAAUAUCGGAAGUCAGGCUGUCUCCAAUCAAAAAUUAGUUUUUAUAAUUUUCAACUGGUACAAUAUAUUAACUCUUUUAAAUCGGUUUAGUAUCCUUUCUAACUUUUAGAACAUACAAUCAAAAUCUGCAGAUUAAAAUUCACGUAUUUUUAUAUUUUUUUACUCAUCCCCAGAUUGGAUUUUUGUGCCUAUCUCCGAGAGUCAUUUAUUUCUGUGUAAAUUUGUCUUGAUGUUUUUCAGAAACUUUGUGAUGAAGAUUUUUGUAUGAAUUGCUGUUACAUAGCUUUAAAUGUGAGUGUAGGUAGUGCAUAAAAGUUUAGUCUAUUUUUUGUAAGCAACAAAUAUUCCAGUUUUCAGGCUCACCGAAAAAAUUCGGAAAUAACCUCUUCGCUCUCAUCACACCCCGAAACAGCUUUUUAGUUGCCUAGACCAGCCAACUUUACCCAACUUAUGAAAUUGACCUCAGAGAAAUCCAUUUGAAAGUUCUGAGGAGAGUCUUAAUCUAUUUUAAAUGUUCCAUCGAAAGUAAUUUUCAUACAAAUUGUUUCCUGAAGAAAUUAAAUAGGAUAAGGAGCCUUGUCCCAAAGGCUACCUGUAAGAUCUCAAUUUUUUAUCUUAUUUUUUGAACAGCUUAUUCUUUAGUGUCAGUAAGUUUAGACAAGUAAAUUACAAUUUUAUGAUUUCUCCAAAGUUCCCCUUUAAUCCCUGAAUGGUUGAUCAUACAAUUAAUCUUUUUUUUUUAUCAAGACUCUGAUAAAGGAUCUGCAAAGUAGAGAAAAGCUAUUAAGUAUCCAAUAAUGAUUCUGAUCUUACUCCAACUCGAAAAAACUUUUAUAAUAUUAUUUGUCUCCUGAAUUUUUGAAUGGUAGAUUGCCCUUAUUGAUUCUAAAUUUUUGUUUCAAUUCAAAAUUUGAUUCGACUUAGCCCACCCUGUCUCUUUGUAGAAAAGAAAUUUGAAUUAGUCAGUAUCUCUUUAACUGAAACAUGCACUUUCACAGAAAUCUCGGGGAGCAUUUGAGUUAUCUUCUCCAAAAUUCAAAAUCUGAAAAAAAGUAUAAAAGCUACGAAAAAUUGUAGAGAUCAAAUUCUAAAGACACAGCUGUAAGAUGAAGAUGUAUUUUUGCACCAUUGGAAGACCACGUGGUGUGUGUGGCUCCAUUUUAUUUCAGAAACAUAUAUUUUUGGAUCCCACGAUUUAAAAAAAUAUUUUUUUUGAUGCCUUAGUAUUUUGAGUGUCGAUUGGAAAAGAAGUACUGAGAGUGAGAAAUUCGAAGAUUUUUCCCCCUGAGUGUGAGUUAGUAAGCUUAACAGCUUUUCUCUGUUCUUUGAAGAAAAUUAACUGUUACAAAGGUUAACACGACUUACUUGUAAAUAGAAAAAAUAGAAAUAUCGAAAAGCAGAGGGCGCACUAUUGUCUUCAAGAUUUCAAGACAGUUGACACCCUUAACUGUUUGCAUAAGUUUUACUUUAUUUUUGUAUUGUUUUUCGUAAGUAGGUAGGUAAUUUAUAUUGUAGAUUAAGAUGGCUCAUUUUUGAAGUCAGUUGUAAUGUAUUCUGCAUUAAAAGUUGAUCCAGAAGAUCUUCUUGGUUUUUCACACCCUUAAGAUGAAAAAUUAAGUGUCGUCACUUAAUACCUAGUAGGAAGCAGAAAUUCUAGUCUUCCUUUUGAAAUGUAAUAACUUCGACAAACGAAAUGAGAAAUGUUACCAUUUAGUUGAGCCAAGUUAUGUAAAUCUAGCAUAAUAAGAAACUGUAUCUUGAAAA